AUGGGCACCGAAACUUGUGGUGGUAAUGAUCGACUAAGGACAAUUUGGAUGCCAAAAAUGGAUCAUGCUUUUAUUGAUCUUAAGCUGGAGCAAGUUGGUUUUAGCUGGGAUGAAUCAAGGCAAAUGGUGACCGCAGAUAAUGAAGUUUGGGAUAACUAUAUUAAGUCUGAUACUUAUAGCUUGUCAGAAGGAGUGAAAUAUCCUCAUCCAAAUCUAGAUGAUGAGAAGCCAGGUUGCAAAUUGUUGGAAUGUUCAUCACAUUUAGGUGAGAACGUAAUUGGGCCAGGCUUUGUUAGUGACGUGGCUGCUGAAUCUCUUCUUGAUAUUAUGAUUGAUGAAGAUUAUGGAAUCCAUGUGACAAAAGGAAUCGUUGAUGACACACAACUCUUUCCGUCAGAUAUUGGCUCCACAAUAGGUGCUCGUUCAAGGACUUACUGGCAGCCACCAAUGGAUCGCUAUAUUCUUGAUAUUAUACUAGAUCAAGUGAAAAAGGGAAACCAGGUUGAUGGCCUAUUCAGAAAACAAGCAUGGACAGAGAUGAUUGCGCUUUUCAAUGCUAAAUUUGGAUUUAAGUACGAAGUUGACAUUCUCAAAAAUCGAUAUAAAACUCUGAGAAGGCAAUAUAAUGUUAUAAAGAAGCUUCUGGAGCUGGAUGGAUUCGCUUGGGAUGAUGCACGGCAAAUGGUGACCGCUGAUGACCACAUCUGGCAGGAUCAUAUCAAGGCACAUACAGAUGCUAGGCAAUAUAUGACCAGAACCGUGCCGUACUACAAACAUUUGUGCUUGAUAUGGAAAGAUUUUAGUAGUGACAUAAAGGACUGUAUGUCAGGCCAUAAUUUGGAGCUCCAAGAUGAAGACGCUGAAUUUAAAUUUAUGCAACCAUUGAGGUUGGAAAAUCCAUCCAUCUCAGGAACUUCCAAGAAAGCACGGAGCAAAGCUGAGGGUGUGGUUCAUGCUCUACACGAAAUGGCAACUGUAGUUUCAUCAUUGGCAGAUAAGAGAAAAGAAGAUGGAAUUUUGAACUCGGCUCCUAUAGAAAACGUGAUAGAAGCAAUACAGGCUUUACCAGAUAUGAAUGAAGGCCUUGUGUUGGAUGCUUGUGAUUUUCUGGAGGAUGAAACGAAAGCAAAAACAUUUUUGGCAUUGGAUGUGAAGCUGCGAAAGAAGUGGUUAAUUAGGAAGCUUCGUCCGCCACAAUAA